AAUAAUUUUGUUCCCCAUUCAUUAGCCUUCUUUUCCCAACACAAAAAUUAAGGUCCAAGGAACAAACCACUCCUUCAUAACCUUAACCAUUAUAAAACCCAAUGCAAGCCACCCCACAAUUUAUCAUCAUCCCAACAAAUCACAACUUCUUCUACUUCCAAGUGUAAAACAAAAAAAAAAGUACAAAAACACAAAAAAUGAUCAAUCCCAUUGGUUUCUUCCUAAUUUCUCUAUCACUUGUCACUAUUGUUACAUCUCAAGAAAGAGCACCUCAUGGACUUGUUUACCAAAAUCCUGAAGCAUUUUCACCAUCAGCAUAUGAAUUCUUUCAUCCCAAUUCACAAAAGCAUGAUCAUACCAAAGAUGAUCCAUGCACUUCAUCAAAAUGUUCACCCAUGCAACCUUUAGCAGUAGAAGCUACUCAAAUUCAUGAAAGCAAAGGUGGAAAAUUAGACAAAGGUAGGAAACAUUUGGGAGCUGGUGGCAUUGUUGGAAUUAUCUUUGGUGUUGCAUUUGUUGUGGUUUUAGCUAUGAGUGUGUAUCAUGUUAGAGUCACACGUAAAGCCAACAUGAUUAGAGCUAAAGCUAAUAAUAGUGUUCAACCACCUGUUUGAUGUACCUUGUCUUUUUUUAUAUAUGAAUUAAAGUUUAAACGAGUUGAGUCUCGGGAACUCAUCAGAGUUAAAAGCCUCAAAGUUAAUAGAUUGUUGACAUGACUACUUAUAUCUUAUAUAUCCGUCAAUGAGAUCCUCACAUCGGCAACAAGAUUCAAACUCAGAUCCUUGUAAGAAUUGAAUUCUUAUCAACUGGACCAACCAACGUAUGCUUGACAUGCCUUAGCUUAUAUAAUUAUUUCAAAACCUUGUGGCAUAUAAUUAAUUAAUUAUCCUCUACCUUUGUUUCCUCUAAUAUAUCUUACAUUUGAUUAGUUCCA